CGAGGGUCUAAGGAAAGAUGGCGGAGGGAGGAGCAGCUGAUCUGGAUACUCAGAGAGGAGAGGUCGCAGCGCUGCUCAAAACUCAGCUCCGGAAAGGAGACACUUGGUACUUGAUAGACAGUCACUGGUUCAAACAGUGGAAAAAAUAUGUGGGCUUUGACAGUUGGGAUAAGUACCAGAUGGGAGACCAGAAUGUCUACCCUGGACCAGUGGACAAUUCGGGUCUCCUUAAAGAUGGGGACGUUCUUGCCAUCAAGGAACACCUUAUCGAUGAAUUGGACUACAUACUUGUGCCUACUGAGGGUUGGAAUAAGUUAGUGAGCUGGUAUGGGCUGACUGAGGGCCAGGAACCAAUCGCUAGAAAGGUGGUUGAGCAGGGUAUGUUUGUGAAGCACUGUAAAGUGGAGGUCUACCUCACCGAGUUAAAGCUAUGUGAAGACAGCAACAUGGACAAUGUCAUCACUAGACGCUUUAGUAAAGCCGACACAAUAGACACUAUUGAAAAGGAGAUGCGUAAACUGUUCAGCAUUCCUGAUGAAAAGGAGACCAGGUUGUGGAACAAAUAUAUGAGCAACACCUUUGAGCCUUUAAACAAACCAGACAGCACUAUUCAGGAUGCUGGACUUUACCAAGGGCAGGUUCUUGUUAUAGAGCAGAAGAAUGAAGAUGGAACUUGGCCUAGAGGUUCCUCUACGCCGAAGUCAUCUGGUGCUUCCAAUCUCUCUGCUUUACCAAAGAUCUCCCCUUCAUCUCUCACAAACAAUCAUAAUAGCAGCUUCAGCAACAGGAAUGUGAAAAACUCUAGCUACAGCCUUUCAGCCUACCCUUCUUACCCUUCCUAUGACUAUCCGGACCAGAGUAGGCACAGUGAGAAGGCGGGCCUGUGUGGCCUCUCUAACUUGGGCAAUACCUGCUUCAUGAACUCCGCCACACAGUGUUUGAGUAAUAUACCUCCACUCACCGAGUACUUCCUGAAGGACAAAUAUCAGGAUGAGCUGAACGAGGACAACCCUUUAGGAAUGAAAGGCGAGAUCGCCAAGGCUUAUGCUGAGCUUAUUAAACAGCUCUGGUCUGGCAAAUACAGCUACGUCACUCCUAGACCCUUCAAGACCCAAGUCGGGCGCUUUGCCCCUCAGUUCUCAGGCUAUCAGCAACAGGACUCUCAUGAACUACUGGCCUUCCUUCUUGACGGUUUACAUGAGGACUUAAACCGCAUCAGGAAGAAGCCCUACAUCCAGCUCAAAGAUGCUGAUGGAAGACCAGACAAGGUAGUAGCUGAAGAGGCUUGGCAGAACCACAUCAAAAGGAACGACUCCAUCAUCGUGGAUAUUUUUCACGGCCUCUUUAAGUCUACGUUGGUCUGCCCUGUGUGUUCAAAGGUCUCUGUGACCUUUGAUCCUUUCUGUUAUCUGACACUUCCUCUGCCUAUGAAGAAGGAACGUACGCUGGAGGUCUACUUGGUGAGGCUGGACCCCCUCACUAAACCCACUCAGUAUAAGCUUACAGUGCCAAAAGUUGGCUACAUUUCAGACCUUUGCGCUUCUCUCUCGGCUCUGUCUGGAGUAUCGGCAGAAAAGAUGAUUGUCACAGAUAUCUACAACCACCGCUUCCAUCGAAUCUUUGCCACAAAUGAGAAUUUGAGCAGUAUAAUGGAAAGGGAUGAUAUCUAUGUGUUUGAGGUUGGAGUAAACCGGCUAGAGGACACAGAUCAUGUUGUAAUUCCUGUGCACCUGCGAGAGAAGUAUAAGCAGUCUGGCUAUAACCACAGCAGCACACCACUGUUUGGCCUACCCUUCCUUAUAACCAUCCCACGCACUCUCAGCGAGGAGAAGUUUUAUAACUUGCUCCUUCUCCGUCUAUGCCGUUUUGUGCGCUCCGCUCUGGAGGAAGAGGACUGUGACGAGACGCACUUGUCCAAGCAGCAUGCCAUCAACGGCAAUGCCACUAACGGUAUUCUGGAGGAGGGCUCGCCCAGUGAAAUGGAGACCGAUGAGCAAGAUGAUGAAUCCAGUCAGGACCAGGAACUCCCAUCAGAGAAUGACAACAGCCAGUCAGAGGAUUCAGUGGGUGGGGACAAUGACCUGGAGAAUGGGGUCGGCCCAGAGGUCACGACCAAAUGCCAGCAGUUCACAGCCCACAAAAAGCGACUUUUCACAUUCCAGUUCAACAACAUGGGCAAGACUGAUCUGAGUUUCAUUAAAGAAGAACCACGUCAAAUCCGAUUCGAUGAGGGACACCUUCGACUCAGCGACAGAUCCUAUCUUUCCUUGGACUGGGAGCCAGAGAUAAAGAAGAAAUACUUUGAUGAAAGUGUAGUGGAGGACUUUGAAAAACACGAAAGCAUGGAAUACAAACCUCAAAAGAAGGCCUACUUUAAGUUAAAGGACUGCAUAGAACUCUUCACUACCAAAGAAAAGUUAGGAGCAGAGGACCCAUGGUAUUGUCCCAGUUGUAAGCAGCACCAGCAGGCCACUAAGAAGCUAGACCUGUGGUCUCUGCCUCCUGUACUAGUGGUCCACCUAAAGCGCUUCUCUUACAGCCGCUACAUGAGGGAUAAACUGGACUCACUGGUGGACUUCCCUCUUCGUGACCUGGACAUGUCCGAGUUCCUGAUCAAUCCCAAUGCAGGGCCGUGUCUAUAUAACCUCAUUACUGUGUCUAACCACUAUGGAGGAAUGGGAGGAGGCCACUAUACGGCCUAUGCCAAAAACAAGGAUGACGACAAGUGGUACAACUUUGAUGACAGCAUUGUAUCUCCAGUCAGUGAGGAUCAGAUUGUGUCCAAAGCGGCAUAUGUUCUAUUCUACCAGCGUCAGGACACGGUAAAGGGAACGGGUUACUUUGCUCUAGACCGGGAGGACGUCGAGGAACAACAGAGCAACUUGUUACAGGGCGUCAAUGGGCAGAGUGACGAAGAUGACGAUGAAGAGGAGGAAGACCUAAAUGACAAUGAGCAGGAUGAAGAGCUGGAGCCAAAUGAUAUUUCCAUGAACACUAACUAAGGUGGGACAGACCUGGCAUCGCAGAAUGGUGGGUUUGGUCAUCUGAAGCCAUAUCGAGAGCAGCGAGACCUGGCUGGGUGAUAUGAUCACUUGUGAUUUUUAACCUCGAACACAGCAGGGUGAUUUAUUAUUUUUUUUAUUAUGCCCUUUUUUUUUUUUUAGUUAUCCACAUGGUCUCCCUGCCUCUGCUCUGUUUUUACCCAUCUAAAGCUCUGAUGGUGAAAGAAAGCCUGACCUGGCUAUACUGAGGUCUAAAUGUGAUGCUUGAAAGCAAAGUUGCCCUUUCAGUUUCCUCUAUUGUAGUGUGGCGUUCUUUAUUUUCUCCUUGAGAGACACAUUUAUAGGUUUUAUUAUUAUUUUUCCUUGUAUAUAAUGUCGGAUGGACAGAGAACCUCUGGGUUUUAUGGAGAAUGACAUUUCAUUGACUGAUUUUGUUGCACAAUCCAUUUUGUUUUUAGAGCUAGUAUUAGUGCCACACACUGCAAAAGCAGAACAUUGCUUACUGAUGUUCAGUCUAUCAGCUGCUCAGAAUGAUGUCCUUAAACCAAUGUAAAUGUAUCAAGGUGGUCACUCGUAUCAGGAGAGCACUGAUAUGAGCUGUAAAAAUUUUUUUGGGUGGGUGGGGGGUUAGGGCUAACUUAAGCUUAUUAGAUAAGGGCCUCCUUACGCUUUGACUUUGAGCUACUUUAAAAACGAAGGUUUUCUUAAAGGCAUGACUUUUAAGAAUCAUAGCUUUAUCAUGGCUUCAGAAUUAAGUCUUUUUUUUCACCAUAGAUGCUUUUUAAUGAGAUUAUGAACAUUUUGGUGAUGCAAUAGCUUCGUCUCUUGCCUCCAUCACCUCGCCUUAAAUCUAAUCUCAGACUGUUGCCUCUUUGCACAGAUAGUUUAUUUGCAUCAUUCAUUCAUGCGCCCAUCUAGCAUAGAUGCAGCUGUAGUUGCAAGCUCACUUGUUAAUCGCACAAACUCCUUAAGAUAACCCUAAAAACACACUCUAAUGACUGCUGAAAUUUGCCAGUUUUCACAGAUUGGCACCCUGAAUGUAUUUGACUAAGGAAUUGACCUGUUUUUGGAUUAAUGCCUUUAAUGAAAAGUUUUUUUUUUUUUUUUUUUUUUUUUUUUGUGCUAGUAUUAGUUUAGGGGUUUGGAGAUGGUGAUUGAAUCACCUUUAAUAUUAACUACACAAAAAAGUGAGGCUACUGCUGUAUGUGCUUUGUUUAUAUAGGGAGUGUGGGCACAGGUAUAAUCAGACUGUGUGAGACUGACUGGUAGGCUUUAUAAAUAAUGUAUAUAAGAAUUCACUCUGUGAGUGCACAUUUGAUAAAUUUAUUUAUUUAUAUGUAAGCAUUACAAAUCAAAUGUAUUUAAGACCACAAGAGGAGGAGAUGUGAUGUCCAGCAGUAUAAACAGGACUGGUAUUUAGGUCUGUAAAAGGAUGUGCUAUUGCCUGAAAUCUUUUGUAAAGGAGAACUUGGACAUCCUUGCAUGACGAAAGGGGUUUCAGUGUUUGGCUGCACUUGAGUUCACUUGGGUUUACAUUUGAAACGUGCAUGUGUAUUUAUAUACAGAACUUCAAUAAAGUCGUGUAAAGUCUU